CAUGUUUGGUGUCUUUGGAAACAUUGAAACGUCUCCAGCAGACGUUUCAGUGUUUGUGGUCUGUGAGCCUUUUCAUGGCCGCAGGCCGAUUCCUGAGCCAGAGCGGCUCAGCGGCCGCCGGCUGGAUGAAAGCUCCCUGACUGGAAGGUGGUUAGUUAUUUAAAGCGGCUACCGGCCCAGACACGCUCACACCAACAAUCCACCCUGCAGAGGCUUUAUAAGGCAAGAGCGCGGCGAUGAGCUCACUCAGGCAGGUUUGGUGAAAAACAAGCGUCCCACUCACGGCUCACACACUUUCCCCACAGCUGCUGAUGUCAGAGCGGCGCAGGGAGAAUCCCAGACGUCUGAUCUCAGCCGGAAGCUGCAGCACGGCGUCUCCGCUUCCUCUACACUCACAUGUGACUGGGCUCGGCAGAUCCCGCGUCCCGGCUCCGCCUGAUGUCACCAGCUCCAGUCGGCUCCUCUGAACCCGGCCGGGCUUUAACAUCACUUUUAAUUACAGACAAACUUCAGCUGCUUUUGUUGUUCCCUGAUUGGAUCCAUCUGGUUCUGGUCGAACUUUAACUGUUCCUCCUGGAGGUUUGAUAGACGCAGAUCUACAUCCCAUCUGCUUCACCAAGAGACAUUUUAUUUAUCGCGUUAAAUGAAUGAAUCCCUCAUUAGGGUGUAAAUACUUUAGAACAUGUCCCAUGAGUUCGCUGUAAGUUUCUCCUGAAGCCGUUUGGAGCAGGAACUCCCCCUGGACCCGGUCAGCUCUUCCUAUCUGCUAAAAUAACUCUGGAAGUUUUUUCUGGAUCGUUUCUCAACCAAACAAACACGAUGACACAGAGUCCAGCAGGAAGCUGUGGGAGCAGGAGGCAGGUAAUGACUGGGAUUACUGGAGAUCAGGGUGAUUAAAACCCAAACAAACCCGGCGUGUUCAUGGAGACGAUGUUUCACCCUGACGGUCUGUCAGAUGAAACCGAGAUUCUUCCUGUCAGAGUCACCAAACCCGAUUCAGUGGAGAUCUGGAAACUUCCAGGAGUUAAAUGAUCUCAACUGAAUACGUUCAUCAGGAAUCUUUAAAUAGACUCACAGUCAUCUGAAAAGGCUCCGUUAUGACCUCUGACCCAAACCAGGAAACCCUUUAGAGAUUCUGUUUGGCUCAUUUGGACCAGAACCGGCUGAAGGAAUCUGAUCCCAGAGUCUCGCCUUCAGGUUGCUAAUCCUGGUCACACCUUCCUGUCACGUGUUUUCUGCCUUACGCCUGGAAAACCUCAGAGCUGAAAUCUGUCUGACAUCCAGAACCGCGAAGUCGCCGCAACGCUAACAGGAAACCCGGCAACAGGAAACCCGGCAACAGGAAACCCGGCAACGCCAACAGGAAACCCGGCAACGCCAACAGGAAACCAGGAAACCCGGCAACAGGAAACCCGGCAACGCCAACAGGAAACCCGGCAACGCCAACAGGAAACCAGGAAACCCGGCAACAGGAAACCCGGCAACACCAACAGGAAACCCGGCAACGCCAACAGGAAACCAGGAAACCCGGCAACAGGAAACCCGGCAACGCCAACAGGAAACCCGGCAACGCCAACAGGAAACCAGGAAACCCGGCAACAGGAAACCCGGCAACGCCAACAGGAAACCCGGCAACGCCAACAGGAAACCAGGAAACCCGGCAACAGGAAACCCGGCAACGCCAACAGGAAACCCGGCAACGCCAACAGGAAACCAGGAAACCCGGCAACAGGAAACCCGGGAACGCCAACAGGAAACCCGGGAACGCCAACAUCACGGACAAACGCCGAGUCUCAUCUCUGAUCGAUUUAUAAAACGUUUCAGUUUAAUCACAUGAAAACCAGAAUCCAACAGCAGAAAUGAGGAAAAUGUUUUAUGGUGCAUUAAAAUCCUUUGAGGCGCUAAGAUUCAUGAAGAUCUGAGGAAAUGAGAGCAGCUGAUGUGAUGACAUCACAUGUGAAGGUCCGGUUCAUGAUCCGGACCUUCACACCAGCUGUGAAACACAGCCGACAUUUAACUGGACUUGAUCUGUCCAUUCAGGUUAAACUCCUAAAUUAGCUGAAGGUUUUAUUAUUUUUAUUUUAUUAUUACAGCAGAAAAUCUUCAGACGUUUCAACCAGAACAACUUGGAAAGUUUUUGAUUUCCUGCUUCGUUGAUCUGCCGUCUCCUUCCUGUGACGAUGUUUUUGUUCAACCGUCUCACGAUGGGCUGCAGCAGCCAGGUCGGUUCUGCUCCGGUCGUUUGGGUCGGAGAACGAAGGACUGAUCCUGGUCAUCCAGAACCAUCAGAGGUUUAUGGUUCAAAGUUUUCAUCACCCAGAGGACAAACCGUCCCAAGAGCCCGACGGCUCCGUCUGAGCGGCGAUGACAUCACAUCCAGGAGGGUUCUGGACCGGCUCGCCGAUCCGUUACCUUCUCGCCCCGAGACGAGACGAUGACGGCGCCGACCGGAGCCGAGAGCCACCAGACCAAACACCGACUGCCUGAUAGACGCUCGGCAGAUGGAGGGAAGAGUCACGGUUUCUAACCCUCGCUCACUCGGCGGGCGCGUGCGGCGAAGAGCGCGGUGCGUCACCGGCGAGCGGGAGGAGGAGAGAGAGGGAGGAGGAGAGAGAGGGAGGAGGAGAGAGAGAGAGGAGGAGAGAGAGAGAGGAGGCAGCUGUACUUAUGGCAGGAGGCGCCGAGAGCCGCAGCAGACAGAGACCGGCCCACUCCGCUAAAAUCAUUCAACUGGUGAGCGAGAGAGCGCACUCCAGUCUGACGGAGCGAGAGAGGGAGGGAGCAGAGUUUUUCCCUGGUUGGCAGGUGAACCGAGAGCUGAGCUCAACUUUCAGCUCCAAACUUCUGAGCGAAGAGACAAAGAACCCAGGAACUCUUUCCUCUGGACUCAAUUUUAUUCGACUUCUGGACUUUUUGGACUCUGUCCGUCCCUCCGGUUGGUGGCAACAUGUCUGUGUUACCGUUCCUCGGCUGGGUCCUUCUGGUUCUGGUUCUGGUCCAGGGCGGUGGAGCGGACCUGCCCUCCGGGCCGCUGUCCCUGACGCUCCAGUCGCCGCCGGACGCCGCCGGCGCCCACUGCCCGUCCUGCGCCCUGGCCCGGAUGAGGCGCGGCGACGGGCCGGACGGCGAAUCGCCGGCGUACGCGGAGGAGAAGGCGGCGCAGCAGGACGUGGUGGAGGCGGUGAAGAGGCACAUCCUCAACAUGCUCCACCUGCAGGCCCGGCCCAACAUCACCCGGCCCGUGCCGCGCGCCGCGCUCCUCAACGCCCUGCGCAAGCUGCACGUGGGGCGAGUGGCCGAGGACGGCAGCGUGCAGAUCGAGGGAGAGGAGGAGGUACGAGGAAGAGGAGGCAAGGGGGGAGGAGCAGCGGCGGCGGCCGGAGCGCGGGCGGGAGACGGUGGCGACGCGCCGGAGACGACGGAGAUCAUCACCUUCGCCGAGGCUGGUGAGUCCCAGGGCGUGGUGGACUUCGUCCUGUCCAAGGAUGGAGGCGACAUGUCCCUGGUGGAGCAGGCCAACGUCUGGCUCUUCCUCCGCUUGGCCAAAACCAACCGCAGCCGAGCCAAAGUCACCAUCCGCCUGUUCCAGCAGCGCGGACGCGCCGCCACGCCGCAGGACGAGGUCCUGCUGGCCGAGAAGACGGUGGACACGCGGCGCAGCGGCUGGCACACCUUCCCGGUGUCCGCGGUGGUGCAGGCGCUGCUGGAGAGCCGGCGGAGCAGUGCGCUGAGCCUGCGGGUUUCCUGCCCGCUGUGCGGCGACUCCGGCGCCACGCUCGUCCUGGUCUCCGGCGGCAACCAGAGGGAGCAGUCCCACCGGCCCUUCCUCAUGGCCGUGGUGCGGCAGGGCGACGGAGGCGACGCUCGGCGGCGCAGGAAGCGCGGCCUGGAGUGCGACGGGAAGGUGAGGGUCUGCUGCAAGAGGCAGUUCUACGUCAACUUCAAGGACAUCGGCUGGAGCGACUGGAUCAUCGCGCCGUCCGGUUACCACGCCAACUACUGCGAGGGCGAGUGCCCGUCCCACGUGGCGAGCAUCGCGGGCUCCACGCUGUCCUUCCACUCCACCGUCAUCAGCCACUACCGCAUGCGGGGCUACACCCCCUUCCAGAACCUGCGGUCGUGCUGCGUGCCCACCCGGCUACGCGCCAUGUCCAUGCUCUACUACAACGAGGAGCAGAAGAUCAUCAAGAAGGACAUCAAGGACAUGAUCGUGGAGGAGUGCGGCUGCUCGUAAACGCUCGGACCCGAACGGGACGGACCGAACUGGACCGGAGGGGACGGAGGAGGCGGCAGCGCCGUCGCUCUCUGGGACGGAAACUCGUCUCCAGACUCGCCGAGUCAAACUCAGCCAGAGUCUCGAUGGCACUUUCUGAAAAACCAGGAAAAAAGACAAAAAAUGAAUAUCUAAUAUAUUUUUGUUACAAACGGAGGGAGCGAGGCGUAUUUAUGUGGCGUUCAGGAACCGCUGCAGCAGUGGGACUUCAGAGAGACGAGGCCUGAAAAACUGAAAGAUCUCAAACUAUGCAACUUGUUUCCUGUCCUGCAUCUGCUUCUGUUUCUACCUGCAGGAGUUGCGGAGACACCGUUACCAUGUCCAAGUGUACGAGUGGAGCGUGUGUGAGUGUGUGUGUGUGUGUGAGAGUGAGACAGAGAGGAUGUGUGUGUGUGUGUGAGUGAGACAGAGAGGAUGUGUGUGUGUGUGUGUGUGUGUGUGUUGAGAGAUACUUGAACAAAACAAGUUGGCUCGGCUGCUGGAACCAAACACUUCUUUACGUUACCAUGGUAACCAUGUUGAUGUUAUUAUUAAUAUUAUUGUUAGUAAGUAUAUUAAUAAUAUUAAUGUUAUUCUUGUUAAUAAUAUUUUGUGUUAUUAUUUCAGUUUUUCAUGUUUAAGAAACGUUACAAACGUUGUGUUAUUUUUUGCACUAUAGCGACUUGACUUCAGGUCAGAGGUCAACAGGUCACAUGUCACGGUUCAAGGCUUCUGAUUGGUCCCCGCUGCGUUGGGAGUUUUAACCUCAGAACCAGUGAAACGCGACGUUAAUUCAAACGAUUCCCCUGGAGAUCAAAAUAAAUCAUGUUUGGUUUUUAAUAAAACAUUUUUAGUUCUUAGAGUUUAAAUGUUUGAACUCGGAGGGAGAAACCUUCUGGUUGUGGUUCUUAUGGGUCCCUCUGGUUUAAUGACCUGCUGGGAAGAAAACAUCCGUUUGGUUUCACUUUAGAGACUCCAGCCUACAGAACGACGAACCGGGUCGGUUCUCUGCAGAGUUCUUUAACGGUAUCGGAUCAGAUCCAUAAAAACAAACCUGACAGGGUGAAAGUUCCCUACAGGACGUCUGAUUGGUUCUUUGUCUCCUCUGAAUGUUAAAAAUAUAAUAUUUAUUCAUGUUUGCAUAUUGAUGCUCACUUAAACGUUACGUUUGAUCAUCUGAAGGCACUUUAUGAGAAACUGAACUGAUUCUGGUUCCAGAACCAAAUCAGUUCAGUUCAUCAGACCCAAAGUGAAUCAUCAUCAGAUCCAUAAGGUUCAGUCUAAUCCUGAUUAUCAUAAUUUAAUGGGAAUUAUUAAAGUAUUUGUCUGAGUCAUGAAGGAGGAGGUCUGAGAUGUUUAUGAUUAUGCAGGUUAUUUAUGGCUCCAUGUUUCUCAUGAAUUUUCUGAAUGAAGAGACUUCCUGUCUGCAGCUGUGAGCAUUUAGACCCAAAGCAGAAAAUGGUUUUGGUCUGUCGUAAAUUAAACCCAGAGCAGAAAACGGAUGAAAUCUUCCUGUUCGAACACCAAAGAGUCCGUCUGACCUUCGGAUUCAUCGUUAAGAUCAAUUUAAACCUUCAGAAAUCAGAAAACUGUUCAGACGUGAGAAAAAGGUCAGAACUGAUGUUAAUCCAUGUCUUUCAUUUCAAACUCAUUUAGUUUCUGGAAGCUAUUAAGUUUUGACAGAUCAUGUUCGUAAACUCCAUUUCCCACAAUGCUCUUCACCGUCACUGGUUCCACGUUGAGGAGCAGCUCAGAGCUGAAGGUUUAAAUAAAUCCCUGGUUUCAUGUUUCAGUUCCUCCUUGUUUAUGGACUCAAAUUAAAUAUCAGUGCUAAAAAAGCAAAAGCUAAUAGAACAUGGCUGUAUGUGUUUAGAUGCUGUUUUUAUAUAAAAAUAAGAAUAAUAUAAAUACUGACACUGAACAAAAGUGGACAAAGAAUAAAAAGUAUAUUUUUUAUUCUGUAUAUAUGGAAGCCAGACUCAGUAUGUUGCUUUGCUUUGUUGUAAAUGAAAUGUGCUUGUGGCAUUUUUUAUUCUUAUUUAUUUUAUUGUAUUCUUUGUUCUUUUGUUUAGGCUUCACUAUUAAAGUCUGAAGGAUGUACACAAAGGAA